CCACUUCCUCCCGAGGCUGCCGACCUGAGCCGGAGCGCAGCCCAGUGCGCCGCGUCGCCCUCCCGGCCCAGCCCCGCGCGCGCGAGGACCCGCGCAGCCGUCGAGAUGGGUGAGUCAAACGAAGAUAUAGACCAAAUGUUCAGCAAUUUGCUGGGAGAGAUGGAUCUCCUGACCCAGAGUUUAGGAGUCGACACUCUCCCUCCUCCAGAACCUAAACCGCCCAGAGCUGAAUUUAACUACAGUGUGGGGUUUAAGGAUUUAAAUGAGUCCUUAAAUGCCCUGGAAGACCAAGAUUUAGAUGCUCUCAUGGCGGAUCUGGUAGCAGACAUAAGAGAAGCUGAGCAGAAGACAAUCCAGGCCCAGAAGGAGUCCUCUCAGAGCCGACCUCAUUCAGCAUCUCUGGAUAUACCAAGUUUCGGUGGUGCAGCCUCUCUUGGUUACGCAGCAAAUGUUGCUGCACCGAGUAUUAGCCAAUAUGAGGAUGACUUACCUCCUCCACCAGCUGAUCCCAUGUUAGACCUUCCUUUGCCACCACCCGCUCCUGAACCUCUCUCUCAGGAAGAAGAAGAAGCCCAAGCCAAGGCUGAUAAAAUUAAGCUAGCAUUAGAAAAACUGAAGGAGGCCAAGGUCAAGAAGCUCGUUGUCAAGGUGCACAUGAAUGAUAACAGCACAAAGUCACUGAUGGUGGAUGAGCGGCAAUUAGCCCGAGAUGUUCUAGACAACCUUUUUGAGAAAACCCAUUGUGACUGCAAUGUGGACUGGUGUCUUUAUGAAAUAUACCCAGAACUACAAAUCGAAAGGUUUUUUGAAGACCAUGAAAAUGUUGUUGAAGUCUUAUCAGACUGGACAAGAGACACAGAAAAUAAAGUGCUGUUUUUGGAGAAGGAGGAAAAAUAUGCUGUAUUUAAAAACCCCCAGAAUUUUUACUUGGAUAACAAAGGAAAAAAAGAAAGCAAGGAAACAAGUGAGAAAAUGAAUGCGAAGAACAAGGAGUCCUUGCUUGAGGAGAGUUUCUGUGGAACAUCCAUCAUUGUGCCAGAACUAGAGGGAGCUCUUUAUUUGAAAGAAGAUGGGAAGAAAUCCUGGAAAAGGCGCUAUUUUCUUUUACGAGCUUCUGGAAUUUAUUAUGUCCCCAAAGGAAAGACUAAGACAUCUCGAGAUCUGGCAUGUUUUAUACAGUUUGAAAAUGUCAACAUUUACUAUGGGAUUCAGUGUAAAAUGAAAUACAAAGCACCCACUGACUACUGCUUUGUUUUAAAGCAUCCCCAAAUUCAGAAGGAGUCCCAGUAUAUCAAGUAUCUCUGCUGUGAUGACGCAAGAAUGCUAAAUCAGUGGGUUACGGGAAUCAGGAUCGCCAAGUAUGGAAAGACGCUCUAUAAUAACUAUCAGCGGGCCAUGGCCAGGGCAGGGCUUGCCUCUCGGUGGACAAACCUGGGCACUGGCAACGCAGCCCCACCAGCCCCGCCUUCUACAGGUACCUUGCAGAGGGGAGAGUCUGACACCUGUUCAAAGCUCAGAGGAGUUAAAACAGGCACCACCCAGGCCAAUGGUCAGAUCCCCCAGGCAGCACAUUCUAUGAGUACUGUUCUCGGAGAAGCCCAGAGACAUGUUGAAACAACCAAGGACAAGAAGUCCGGCCUCGGCAGCCACGACCCCGGAGCGCCCAGGGCCCAGCCCCUUCCCAAGUCCAGCCUGCCUCCGCCCCCUCCCGUGCGACGGUCCUCGGAUGUCGGCUGCGGCAGCCCAGGGACGCCCCCCAAGGUCAAGGGCGCGGCCGCCGGCUUCCCCGAGCCGCCCUACGACCUCCUGCCGCCGCCCCCGCCGCCGCCGCCCCCCGACUUUAGCGACGCGCCCCCGGACUUCGUGCCUCCUCCACCGCUGCCGUCGUUUGCGGGAGACGCGGGGUCCUCGCUGCCGCCGCCGCCGCCGCCCCCGCCCGCCCCCGCCCCCGAAGACGCGAAGCCGACCCCCGUGGUGGUCAAAAGGCCGCCAGCUCCCCCCAAGAGGCAGGCGAACCCGGGACCACCCGGCGGGGGAGGCGGGGAGCAGGAUUUCAUGUCGGAUCUCAUGAAAGCUUUGCAAAAGAAGAGAAGCAACAUGCCCUAAGGGAAACCUAGAAGUAUCUUUGGGUGAUGGGUGUAAUCAUUGCUAACCUCAGGUGCAUUUUUGCUACUUUGUUUCCGUGACAUCGUGUUCAUUUUAGAUACAAUAUUGAAGUAUUCAGACUAGAAAUGCAAAUAGGAAACGUCUCCCUGUUUCUCAAGUACAUUCAUAAUCCUUAACCUAACACAGAAUUUAGAAUAUCUGCCUGAAUGUACAUCUUUCCUGUGUAUUUCCACUUCAAUGGAUUUUAUCUUCCCUUCCAAGUUAACUAAAAUGAUGUUUUAUGUUCAUUUA